AUGCAAGUCACCAAUCUUCUCUUCUCCCUCUUGGUCGCCGGAGCUGCGGCCAAGAAGUGCACUCGCAAGACCACCAGCGUUUUUGCCACCACCUCGAGUGCUAUCGAGACCUCCACUGCUGUGCAGACUCCCUCUUCUGUGCAGACUCCCUCUUCUGUGCAAACUCCCUCUUCGGUUCAGACUCCCUCUUCUGUUCAGACGCCAUCUUCUGUCCAGACCACUUCCUCUGUCCAGGCUCCUACCUCCGUGCCGACUCCUACCUCCGUGCAGACUCCCACCUCUGUCGUGAUUCCUACCACUAUCGUCAUUUCUACUACUUCGCAACCCUCCACCACUGCCGUGGAGACCCCAAGCACCACCUUGGCCCCAUCCUCCACCUUCUCUACUUCCACCUGGGAAGAUGGUACCCCCCAGAGCACUCUUUUGAGUAGAAUCUCGUCUUCGCCUUCAUCCGAAUCUUCACCCGCCACUGUCGUCGUCGUCGCUUCCGCGUCCGAGGCUGCGACUACCACCUCUGCAGCUGCCGCCACAACCACCACUACCACCACCACCGACAGCAAGUCUUCCACCUCCAACGACAACCUCACUGGUGAUCAGACCAACGCUCUCAACGCCAUCAACGCCGCCCGUGCUGAUGUUGGCACCUCCGCUCUGGCCUGGGAUGAAGAGCUUGUCGCUUCUGCCCAGCAAUGGGCUACCUACCUCACCACCGUUGGUAAACUACAGCACUCAGGUUCUGGCGAGAACCUGUACUGGGCCAGUGGAAGCAGCACUCCUCUUGCCGAUGCCAUCAACUCGUGGAACAGCGAAAAGAGCAACUACAAGGGCGGUUCUGUCACCAACGACAACCUUAGCUCCAUCGGCCACUACACCCAAAAUGUUUGGAAGUCAACUACCAAGUUCGGUAUCGCCAGCGCAACUGACUCUAAGGGCGGUGUCUACGUGGUCGCUCACUACGACCCCGUCGGUAACUACCUUGGACAAGCCCCUUACUAA